CAUGCCGGGAGGCUCGGAGCCGGCGGGGCGGGCGCUGUGGGCCGCGAUGAACGCGGCGGUGGUGCGGCGCACACAGGAGUCCCUAGGCCGGGUCAUCCGCAAGCCGCCCCUCACCGACCGGCUGCUCUGCAAGCCGCCCUUUCGCUACCUCCACGACGUCAUCGGCGAGGUGGGCCUCUUCGCCCCGUCUUCGCGUCCCCGUUGCCAGGUAAUUAGAGUGACAGGUUUCAUGAAGGGGCUAUACACAGACUUUGAGAUGAAAUCUGAUAAUGUUAAGGAUAAAGAUGCCAGAAUCAGCUUUCUCCAAAAGGCAAUUGAUGUUGUCAUAAUGGUAACAGGGGAGCCAUUAGCAGUGAAACCAGUCCGUAUUGUAGCUGGACAUGAACCUGAAAAAACAAAUGAAUUUCUCCAAGCAAUUGGAAAAUGCUGUCUCAAUAAGUUAUCCAGUGAUGAUGCUGUGAAAAGGGUCCUUGCUGGGGAGAAAGCUGAUAUCAAGGGGAAAACUCCAUCUUCUUCUAAAUUUCAAGACAAAGAAAAUAGAGAAUCCAGGGCAGAAGAACAAAAAAGCCAUAAAGAUAAAGAGAGCAGAGGCGACUCUGAAAUAAAAGACAGAAGCACAAGCAGAGAGCGAAAACCUAGAGAAGAACUGAAAGAUGGAGAGAGCAGGCAAAGGGAAAAGGAAAGUGACAAGCAUAAAGAUAAUGACAGACGCGCAGGCCUGGAAAGGGACAAUAUUAAGGAGGGUGAAAAACAUGAGAGAGACGCACACAAAAACAGAACAGCUAAGCAAGGAAGAGAAACAGAAAAAAGUAGAGACAAAGAAAAAGGCAACACUGAACGAGAGAAAGACCUGGACCAUGAUAAAGGACGGGAGAGAGACAGAAAAAAUGAUGGAGGACGAGAAAAGGACAGAACGAAGGUCAGGGAUAAAGGCCGUGAGAAAGGUCUGAACAGGGAAAAAGACAGGGAAAAACAAGAACGUGGCAAAGAUGGGGAACGUUCAAGAGAACAAGGAAAAGAUAAAGCAGAAAAAAAGUCCACAGAAUCAGAGGAAACUAGAGCAAGGAAAACUAAAGACACCAAGAAUGAACCAAACAAUGAGAGUGAAAGUCUUGCAAGAUUAUCAAGGCAGCAUUCAACAAAGGGGUCAAGGCACCGGUCCAAACCUGGAGGAGAAGGUACUUCAUUAGAGCUGAUUAGGUCACCACCUUCAGUUAGAAGAAAGGAUUCUAAAAGUAGUACAACUAGAGACUCACCUGAAAAAAAGUCUAGUUCAUCACACAUGAAAGGACACGGUAGGAAGGAUACAGUAGAAAAACAGCUAGGAGUACUGGAAACUAAUAGCACAACAGAUCAUGUUUCAGAUGAAACAGCUGCUAGUGUAUUCCGUGAGAAAGCUGAACCAGGAGCUGCAAUAAAACAGCAAGAAGGGGAAGCUGGGAAUAUUUCUUCUGAAAAGCCAAUGGUAUCUGAUAAUGGUGAAGUAUCUAAUGAUCUGCCGCCUCAUGCCACCCAAAGAAGAAUGCCCCGCCCAAGCAGUGCUAGACCAGCUCCACCUAGAAUCAAACGACAAGAAAGUACAGAGAUUUUACUUCCAGAGAGAAGUGGCAGUGGCAAAACAGUCUCAAAUGUGAUCAUAGACAAACAGAAUUCUGAUGAUGACGAUGAUCAGUUUGUGGUGGAGGCAACUCCACAGCUACCUGAAAUGCCAGAAAUGGAAAUGGAACCAGCAGUGGAGCUAGAUGGAGAAGAGAAGCAUGGUGGGCUUGUAAAACGAAUCUUAGAAACAAAGAAAGAUUAUGAGACAUCCCAAAAAUCACUGAAUUCUUCAGAAAAGGAGAAGCCAUUUCUGUCAGAAGCAGCCAGGAGAAAAGAGAAGGACCUGGUAUCUAAAGAAAUAGAGAAGUUUCGUGGAUCUAUUCAGACCUUGUGUCGGAGUGCACUUCCGCUUGGGAAAAUCAUGGACUACAUUCAGGAGGAUAUGGAUGCCAUGAAGAAUGAGCUGCAAAUGUGGCAGCAUGAGAACAAGCAGCAUGCUGAAGCUCUACAAAAGGAGCAAAAAAUCACUGACAGUGCUGUGGAACCCUUAAAAGCAGAACUGGCAGAGCUGGAGCAGCUGAUUAAGGACCAGCAAGACAAGAUUUGUGCUGUGAAGGCUAACAUUUUAAAGAAGGAAGAAAAAAUACAGAAGAUGGUUCUUAGCAUUAACUUAUCGUCAAGAAGGUGAAGAAGAGAAAAAUGAAGCAUUGUCCUGAUUUAUAUUUCUACCAAAUAAAGACAGUAAAGGAAAAAAAUAAAGCUAGUAAGAACAGUGACCUGUACAAUUUCAUAUUCUUACAUUCUACUCACUUGUUGUAAGCUUAUUACUGAUAAAACCAACCUCACAACUCAGAUAUUACAGAAUGGUCAACAUACCUAUUUUGAAUAUGUCUUUAGACAGAAGCUGCUGUUGUUUGGUUAUUUUUUACUUCCAACACAUUUCCUCUCCUUGGCCUAUUUUUAUAAAUAUCUGCAGCUUAUACCUUCAUGUUUCCCCCCAACUCCAUCCAUUUUGGGUGAUUUUGAACAGGAAUGGAAUAUCCUGUUGUGAGAAAUGUUUUUAGCUUCUUUCUUUCUUUUUGCAGAAAUGUCUGAAAUCCCUACAAAUCAGAUGGGUCUGAAAUACCUUCCAUUAUUUACAAGUCCUGAAAAGAAAUCUGUAAAAGAAUGCUUAUUGAUCUAGAGCUAAAGCUUUGUUUAACUUACAGCUCCUUAUGUUAUCACAAGGGUGAUGUCAUAUUUUCAUAGCUAUCGAGGAAUAUUAUUAGGAACCAUAUAAGAAACCAUACAAUCAUCACCAAGCAAGGGAUCAAAAGUAUUUUAUCUGCACAGGUGUUAAUUCCAUUUUUAUUGCAAAUGUUCAUUGGAAAAGGAUUAAUUUAAGCACCCAUUUCCUCCCAAAUACAUGGUCAUAUAAGUUUUUAUACAUGAAUAAUUCCACUGAUCUUAGUUAACUACAGAUGUCUGUAGUGCUUUUCUACUGACCUCUCUAGUGCACGGUGUGUGUAAGGGCCCAGCCCUUCCAAUUCAUAAAUUGGAAAAAAACCUAUUCAAAUAUUGCAUAAAUCAUUGCAAUAAAGUCGUCAGAAAUAUGGAAAUUUCUAGCACUGUACAAACUUUUAGGCACUUUUCAAGAUUUUUUUUUGUUUACAAUAACAUUUUAUGUUCCCAUUAUUUAUUGUGUAAAACUACCAAACCAUUUUGCCUUUUUUGUCGAGAAAUGGGCAUUUUGUGGCUUCUUGACCUUUUUUUGUAUUCACUGCUGCAAAAUGUGAUUUACUAUACACUUUCAAACUAUGGACAUCAGGCUACAGAAAUUUUAAAAAAGCAUUAAGGAUUUAAACAGUUCAUUGCAUUGUUUUUGCUAAGUAUGGACUAGAUUAAUGCCUUCAGCUAUGGUCUAAAUUGUCCACAGAACAAUGUUAGUGUGUGAGCACUUUCUAGCUUUAAGUUAUUUUGAUUCUUUACUCAUUUUUCCCUUGAUUGACAGAUUCCUCACUAUAAUGAGAGUUUUGAGGUAAUAACAUAGUACAGUUGGUUGAAAAGAAUAUUCUCUUUCUACUACACUAUUACUUUACAUUUUUUUUUAGUGACUGGUAUAAACAAAAUAAUCGCAUUAACUAGGAUGCCAUAAUGUUUUUCUAAAAAAAAAGCUGUGAAAAACUACUUCAUAUGAUGUGGAGUUCAGGUCUUUCCUUAUGAUGAGUCCAAAAAUGGAGUUAGGCUAAAAGAGAGUAGGAUCAAGUCUUCUGUUUAUGCUAAAACUGUGAUGCAUAUGUUGAUUGGUACUUGGAGGUGAGUGUCUUAGUUGUUUGCUUGCAACAUGGUUUAUCUUCAGACUUUCCCUGUCAGUCUUCAGGAUUGCAUGUAUGCUUUGCAUCAUUUGUAAAUAUGGCUAGGACUGUUUGUGCAAGACUCGCAUUCAUGCAUUGUAUGUGAGUAAAAUUGUACAAAGUAGAAUAUCAAAUUGUAUCAAAAACUUAUUUUUCUUUUAUGUAAAAAAUCAUUAAAAAUGAUCACCUAUUUUUCUAUGAA